UCCGCUUCCAACUCCAAGCUGAAACCGGAACGGAAACAAAGAAACAAAAGCAAGCGGGAAGCGACAAAAUCAAACGAUGGUAAUGGGAAUUGCUCAAACCGGCUACCGGAAAAGAGGUGAAUUCAUUCAGAGGGGGGCGAGCAGGUCAAAUGCGUUCAUGAACCCUAUUGAAAGCGGCACUUAAUGGUAUUCCAUUCAUGUAGAUUUCUCAUCAUUCUGUAGAUUUCUUUCCGGUGAUGACGGGACACGUGGUGCGACGCGACGGUGGGGAUGCGGCUGAGCUGCUGCGCUGGAGGUGUAGUAGAAGAAGGGGCGGCGCGCCCACUUGGAUGUGCAAAGAGCGGGCAUUUUAUUGCAGGGUUUGUUGCGAGAGGCAGAUUUCGUGGUUUAGGGUUAGGGCGUGGCUUGAGAUGAAAGGCUGUGCGAGCGGAGGACCAUCGGCCGAAGGAUGGCCGCGGAAUUGGGACUUGCCGGCGGCAGCGGAGGACGGUAAUCAGGUCCCUCCGGCGGCUCCCGACGGCCAGGGCCAGGGAGGGAAUGCUGGUGAUCAAGAAGUGUCAGUUGAAGGUGGUGCUGGUGUAGCAGAUGGUAUUGUAAAGCGGAAGGGGCCUGGCAGGCCCAAGGGUUCGAAGAACAAGAGGAAAAUUGUUUCCCCCUUGCAAAAUGAAAAUGUGAAAAGGACCCGGGGAAGACCAAGAAAAAAUGUAAAUUCAGAAGGGGAAAAAUCCUCCAAGAAAGGAGAAGCAACUGCAUCGGAUGAUAGCAGUUCAAGAAACAAGCAAAGAAGGCUGAUGUGCCAUCAGUGCUUGAGGAGUGAUAAGAAUGGCAUUGUAUGUUGUUUAAAUUGCAAAAAGAAAUGCUACUGUUAUGAGUGCCUUGCAAAGUGGUACCAUGAAAGAAAGGAGGAAAUCGAGAAUGCAUGUCCAUUUUGUCGUGGAAAUUGCAAUUGCAGAUCAUGCCUUAAAGCAAAUGUAACUAUUAAGGCUACCCAAAAGGAGGUAGGUGAGAAUAUCAGAUUGCAUAGAUCACUUUAUUUGCUACACAAAAUUCUCCCUCUUCUGCAACAUAUCCAAAGUGAACAGAAUUCCGAGCUGAGUGUUGAAGCUGGCAUACGUGGUAUGGAAUUGACAGAAGCAGAUGUAGAAAAGUCUACAGUUAAUGAAGAUGAGAGAGUAUACUGCGACAACUGCAAUACAUCCAUUGUUAAUUUCCAAAGAAGCUGCUCAAACCCUGUUUGUUCGUAUGAUCUUUGUCUCAAUUGUUGUCGGGAACUCAGAAAAGGUUUUCAGCCUGGAGGUAGUGGAACACAGCCUUCUAUUUGGCAGUUUUUGGAAAGGUUGAAUGGUCGCUCUAAGGACAUGAAGGAUGAGAUUUCUGCUGAUCGGAAUGAAUAUGGUUUGGGGAGCCAAGAGACUUCUAAAGUAAACAAUAGUUUUGAUUGGAGAUUGAAGAUGGAUGGCAGCAUUCCUUGCCCUCCAAAAGAACUUGGAGGUUGUGGUGCUGGAGUACUGGUCAUGAGACGUAUCUUUGAUGCCAAUUGGGUUGAUAACCUAAUUAGAAGUGCUGAGGAUCUUACAAUCAAUUAUCAGGCAUCAGAUAUCAAUUUUUCUCAGGCAUGUUCUUUGUGCUUUCCUGUCAGAUAUGCAGGAGGUAAUGUGAAUGAUUCUGGAGUAAGGUUGGCAUCUUUUAGGGAGGACAGCCACGAUAAUUUUCUAUACUGCCCCAACGCUGUUAAUUCAGAAGACAGUGAAUUUGAACAUUUCCAGAUGCACUGGAUGAGAGGUGAACCUGUUAUAGUUAGAAAUGUGCUGGCAAACACAUCUGGUCUUAGUUGGGAGCCAAUGGUCAUGUGGAGGGCUUUCAGAGGUGCAAAACGAAAACUGAAAGAGAAUAGUGUUUGCGUUAAGGCUAUUGAUUGCUUGGAUUGGUGUGAGGUUGAGAUUAACAUUCAUCAGUUCUUCAGGGGCUAUUUGGAGGGUCGCAGGCAUCAGACUGGCUGGCCUGAGAUGUUGAAGCUGAAGGAUUGGCCACCAACAAACUCAUUUGAGGAUUGUUUACCGAGGCAUGGGGCUGAGUUUCUUGCUAUGCUUCCUUACACUGAUUAUACUCAUCCCAGGUUUGGUCUUCUGAAUGUUGCUACAAAACUUCCUGAUGGUGCUUUGAAACCUGAUUUGGGACCAAAGAGCUAUAUCGCUUAUGGAUAUCCGGAAGAGCUUGGUAGAGGUGAUUCGGUGACUAAACUUCACUGUGACAUUUCUGAUGCGGUUAAUGUACUGACACACACAACUGAGGUGAAGAUUGAUCCAUGGCAACAGAAAAUCAUAAAGGAGUUACAGAAGGAAUAUGAAGUUGAAGACUCGCCUCAGCUUCAUGGCAGAACAGACAAGAUAUUUGACACGCUUGAAAGAAUGUUGUGUAGACAAUCUCCGGAAGUAGGAAACAAGGAUAUUCAACAGGAGGGGGCAAAUUUGGUUCUAGUAAAUGAUACUAUCCAAAGCAACAACCCUUCAAAUGUUGCACAAGGAGGUGCUGUAUGGGACAUCUUCCGUAGACAGGAUGUUCCCAAGUUAACUGAAUAUUUGAUGAAGCAUCAGAAAGAAUUUCACAUCAACAAUUGUCCUCUGAAUUCUGUUGAUCAUCCCAUUCAUGACCAGACCUUUUAUCUGAAUGAGAGGCAUAAGAAGCAGCUCAAGGAGGAAUACAAUGUAGAACCUUGGACAUUUGAACAGUACCUUGGAGAGGCUGUUUUCAUUCCUGCAGGAUGCCCACAUCAAGUGAGAAACAGACAGUCCUGCAUUAAAGUGGCACUCGACUUUGUAUCCCCUGAUAGUCUUCAGGAAUGCAUUCGGUUGACCGAAGAGUUUCGCAUGCUUCCUAAAUCUCAUAGAUCUAAGGAAGAUAAAUUGGAGGUGAAGAAGAUGGCACUGUACGCUGCAAGUGUUGGAAUUAGUGAAGUGAAAAGUCUGUUGGCGAAACUAGAUUAAGGGAGUGAAAGACAGGAAGAAUGGAGGCAGCUGCAGAUAAGGAUGCUGCUGUGGUGGGUAUGGCCACUACGGCUGCAGAAAGCGAGGCUCAUCAAGUCACACAAACUAGAGCCAGGACUAAACAUACUCCGUACGCUCAACACGUAAAUACGCCUUUGGCACAGGGAAAGAAGCAAUGGGGACUACCGAGAAUGGAGGAGGCCCCUACCGCUGAGAAAGCUGGGAACAAGAAUGAUGAAUCCUUAUGUAAAUAAUAUAAAAAGAGAGAGAUUUCCAUCGGAUUGUUUACCAUUGAAGUCAGCCGGAUAUAAAGAGAUAGAUUGCAGAUUUAGAUAGAGAAGAGUGAGGGAAAGGGGAAAAUGCAAAGCGAGGAAAGGACGGGACGAAAAGCAAUAAAUUCUCUUUUGACAUUUUGAAGGCCAAAAUUGUGUGUAUGCCUGAAUGGAGUACUGUAUCUCUAAUGGAGAAACAAAAGCUCAGUAUAAUUCAUUCUCCUAGUUA